AUCCGAGGGACAGAGGGUGCCCAGCUCCGAGGGACGGCCACUGGUGGACCCUGUGUGAAGGGCUACAAGACUCGUGGCUGGAGCACAGACCCCACGGGCACCCGAGCCGGACAGGGCGCUGCCAAUACCACCUUGCCUCAGUUUCCUCACUUGGUUCCUGCCGAGGACCCCUUGUAUCCCCACACCAGGAGGUGGCCCUACAUCCAACAGCCUCUCCUCAGCCGGUGCCUGGGUGGGCCCUUGCUCCACCUUGUCCCACCUGGACUUUGCGGGAGAUACAAAGGCGCAAGAGUUGUUUUGGUUUUCUGCCCAGACCUGGCAGCAUCCGGGAGGUGGGCGGAGGGCACCUGAGGUUGGUACUUAGGGAAAUGGGGCAGAGGACGCCAGGGGUACGUUUACACACAGUAAAAGGGCUUGGGGCUUUAUGAAGGCUUUCAUCUCCAGUUCCGCAGCAGUCCGCUGCAAGCUGAUUGUCAGAGCAUUAUUGCCCCACUUUAUUGCCAACCCUGGAGGUCCCCCGGGGACACAACUGGGUCAGCUCCCCCAGUCACUCAUGUCACCAGCAGGUAGACCUCGAGAGACCACAGGGUCUCUCACUGUCCCUCCAGCAAGAUUUUAGGUGCUGGAAAGGCAAGAGCCUGAAUCAGAAAGCCCAGAUUCCUGACAGUCUGGAGCAGGUUUUCCAAAGGAAACAUUCUCAGUAUCCAGUUUUUAAUUCUCUUGGCUGGCAAAAAUUAGAUGCAAGUUCUUCUAAGACACCACCAGCACCUACCUACCCCCAGUUUAGAUCGUGCCAAGAUUUCCUUGGCAUUUGGUGGUGCCCUUUGCCUCUGAGGGUUCACUGGGUUAUAGAUAGGUAGGUCAUCUGAUGACAUGGGUACACCCGGAUGACAGGGCUACACUCUUGUGCCUCGUGGCAGGAGGUAGUCACCUUCCGGGCACGCCACCUUCCACCCUACCUGUGUGCCUGGAUUCCAGCACCAUCUCCACCCACCCCAGAGCCAGGCAGCCCUCAGAAGUCACCCAGAUUCCUGUAAAACAGCGUCGUGGUUAAUAGCCUCAGCUCUGUCCCUUCCACACAGGAAACCAUGGGUAAUGGCUCCUACCUUGGAGGAUGUAGCGUGAAUGAGUUAAUAAAUGAGAAGGACUUAGAAUACUGCCUGGCACUAAAUAAGUGCUCUGUCCAUGUUGAAAAUUAGAGCCUGUUCGUUUUUUAAAAUAAAAAUGUGAUUUUGGUUCCUUUGUGAAUGUAAAUGACAUAUUAGUAGUGUUUUUAUCUUGUUUUUAAAAAUAGCUUCAGAACUUGAGGUUUUCAGAGCUUUGUAAGAAUUGCCUUAAUUUUGGAGCUUGCCAUUUAGGUUGGGAUUGCCCAUUCCCGGCUGUCAGGGCAGCAGGCAGAUUUCCCAUCCUUAGCCUGUGGGCAGCAUCUCCAGCCACUGUUCUUCUGCCCCAAGGCAUGGCCCACCUGCCCUUUACUGUCACCUCCUCCCACCACACACAGGCUCUCAAAGAUAAGAACAGGAAAUAAAAUCCAAUCGUAAAUGCUUUAAGUGACCAUCUUCCCAAAAUUUUCAAGGAGGCCCUCAUUUUCGGACCAUCUUAGCUAAGUUGACUCAGAACAUCAUUUUCUUGUUCGUGAUCUCACUGGGUGUACGGCUUCUUCUCUGUAGUCUUGAAGGUGCGUAGGCUUGGUGCCUGUCCAGGGGCCCAAUUAUUUCAGAAGGAUGAGUUUCAUUCCUGAGAUUUCUCUGGUGGAUGGAGCCUACCUCAGGGCCUUUCCCUACAGAUUUGGGAUACCACUUAAGUGGCUGCUCGAUAGGCAAAGGCCGGCGUGUACAGCCCCAGUGGUCCCCUCCUGCUGGGACCCAGCCCUGCAGACUCCACCUUUACAACAGCCUCACCAGGAACAAGGAAGUGUUCAUUCCUCAAGAUGGGAAAAAGGUGACGUGGUAUUGCUGUGGGCCAACCGUCUAUGACGCAUCUCACAUGGGGCACGCCAGGUCCUACAUCUCUUUUGAUAUCUUGAGAAGAGUGUUGAAGGAUUACUUCAAAUUUGAUGUCUUUUAUUGCAUGAACAUUACGGAUAUUGAUGACAAGAUCAUCAGGAGGGCCCGGCAGAACCACCUGUUCCAGCAGUAUCGGGAGAAGAGGCCUGAAGCGGCACAGCUCCUGGAGGAUGUUCGGGCCGCCCUGACGCCAUUUUUGGUAAAAUUAAAUGAGACCACAGAUGCCGAUAAAAAGCAGAUGCUUGAACGGAUUCAGCACGCAGUGCAGCUUGCCACAGAACCACUUGAGAAGGCUGUGCAGUCCAGACUCACGGGAGAGGAAGUCACCAGCCAUGUGGAGGCCUUGCUCGAAGAGGCCAAGGAUUUGCUCUCCGACUGGCUGGAUUCUACACUCGGCAGGGACGUGACUGACAAUUCCAUCUUCUCCGAACUGCCCAAGUUCUGGGAGGGGGAGUUCCACAGAGACAUGGAAGCUCUGAACGUGCUCCCUCCAGAUGUCUUAACCCGGGUUAGUGAGUAUGUGCCGGAGAUCGUGGACUUUGUCCAGAAGAUUGUGGACAAUGGUUACGGCUAUGUCUCCAAUGGGUCUGUCUACUUUGAUACAGUGAAGUUCGCUUCUAGCGAGAAGCAUUCCUAUGGGAAGCUGGUGCCCGAGGCCGUUGGAGAUCAGAAAGCGCUUCAGGAAGGGGAAGGUGACCUGAGCAUCUCUGCAGACCGCCUGAGUGAGAAGCGCUCUCCCAAUGACUUUGCCCUGUGGAAGGCCUCUAAGCCCGGAGAACCAUCGUGGCCAUGCCCUUGGGGAAAGGGUCGUCCAGGCUGGCAUAUCGAGUGCUCGGCCAUGGCAGGCACCCUCCUAGGGGCUUCGAUGGACAUUCAUGGAGGUGGGUUCGACCUCCGGUUCCCUCACCAUGACAACGAGCUGGCGCAGUCGGAGGCCUACUUUGAAAACGACUGCUGGGUCAGGUACUUUCUGCACACAGGCCACCUGACCAUCGCAGGCUGCAAAAUGUCCAAGUCACUAAAAAACUUCAUCACCAUUAAAGAUGCCUUGAAAAAGCAUUCAGCACGGCAGUUGCGGCUGGCCUUCCUCAUGCACUCCUGGAAGGACACCCUGGACUACUCCAGCAACACCAUGGAGUCAGCGCUUCAGUAUGAGAAGUUCUUGAACGAGUUUUUCCUAAAUGUGAAAGACAUCCUUCGAGCUCCUGUUGAUGUCACUGGUCAGUUUGAAAAGUGGGGAGAAGAAGAAGCAGAACUGAAUAAGAACUUUUAUGACAAGAAGACUGAAAUUCACAAAGCCCUCUGUGACAACGUUGACACCCGCACGGUCAUGGAAGAGAUGCGGGCCUUGGUCAGUCAGUGCAACCUCUAUAUGGCAGCCCAGAAAGCUGUGAGGAGAAGGCCCAGCCGGGCUCUGCUGGAGAACAUCGCCCUGUACCUCACCCAUAUGCUGAAGAUCUUUGGGGCCAUAGAAGAGGAGAGCUCCCUGGGAUUCCCAGUCGGAGGGCCUGGAACCAGCCUCAGUCUCGAGUCCACAGUUAUGCCCUACCUUCAGGUGUUAUCGGAAUUCCGAGAAGGAGUGCGGAAGAUUGCCCGAGAGCAAAAAGUUCCUGAGGUUCUGCAGCUGAGCGAUGCCCUGCGGGACGACAUCCUGCCUGAGCUUGGGGUGCGGUUUGAAGACCACGAAGGACUACCCACGGUGGUGAAGCUGGUAGACAGAAACACCUUGUUAAAAGAAAGAGAAGAAAAGAGACGGGUUGAAGAGGAGAAGAGGAAGAAGAAAGAGGAGGCGGCCCGGAGGAAACAGGAACAAGAAGCGGCAAAGCUGGCCAAGAUGAAGAUUCCCCCCAGUGAGAUGUUCUUGUCAGAAACCGACAAAUACUCCAAGUUUGAUGAAAAUGUAAGCAUGGUCUGCCCACACACGACAUGGAGGGCAAAGAGCUCAGCAGAGGCCAAGCCAAGAAGCUGA